CAAAUAGUCCAGUCCUGUUCCUCUUUCUCCCGCACAAAGUUUGCUUCUUUUUACCAUCUGCCCCUUCUCAGAAGAAAAACUAUAUUAAUUUCCAAAAUAAAGAGGGGGAAAAAAAAACACGCACACACGCAGUGAAAAUUAGCUAAAAAAUAAAAGAAAAACACUCCUCAAUAACCCAAAAUCCCAAUUCUAUCGAUCAUGUUCAUAUCUUCCCCGGAGAUGUAAUUAUAGGGUUUUCCACUUUCGCAAUCCGAAUUCUGUUGAUUCAAAAUCACCAGAAAAAUUCUCCGCCUUGUUCCCCCCCCAAAAAUGGGGGAGUUUCAGAAUCUUAUUUAUAUCUGAAAUGUGGGGAUCGGCUCUAUUUAAAAUUCAGUUAAUAGGUUUCGGGUUCACAAAACUUAAUGGUGUGUGCACAUCCAAGUCAGAGAAUGGCAGCCUUGGCAAGGCUUCUGUUGAGCUCGCAAACAAUUCCAGAUGAAUUUGCCCAUCAAAAAGUAGAUGUGCAAUAUGUUCAUAGAGAACUGAGGGAGGCAGAUGAAGCAAAUUUGAUUGAUGAAAAAGGUAUCAGGUGCUUGUAUAUUUUCCAACCACAAAUGUGAGAUGGGUAUUGGACAUUCCUGUUAAACUUUUAAUAUGAUGUUUUGAUGGUUGAGGCUGAUUAGAAGAUUUAAAACAUGCAAACCUUAAAAAUAUCAGCAACGCGCAUAAAAUGUUGAGACUAAUUUCUUUGGGUUCACUUUCUUUUUUGUCCCUUUCCUUGUGCUGGCUUCCUCUGUAGUACAUGGACUUUGCUUCCUGCAUCAGCUAGUAUGCUUAGAUCACUUGGCAAUCCAGAUCACCAUUUUACGUUAUUUACCAAAUGAACAUUUGAUUUUUCCGCUAAUCAUCGUUUGUCCAAAACUACUGAAUCUUGAGAGGUGGACUCAAUUAUAUGAGUUCGACUUUAGUAAUUCUUUCUCUUCCUAUGUCUAACCACUUUUAUGAAUUAUUGUCGCAGAUAUGCACAUAUUUGAUUUACAACCAAUGACAGAUCCUCUGCAUUUGGUAUGUUGCAACGCUUGUAGGAAGCCAAUUAAGGCCAGCCAGUAUGCCUUGCAUGCAGAGCUUUGUAGUUCAUUAACUUCCAUUGAAGAAAUUAUUUUGGAGCUGGAUGGAGGUAGAGGACCCAAGAAGCCUCCACGGAAAGAGAGAAAGAAGUUGCUUUCUGUCAAUUCUAACCAGAUUACAUCAGUAGAAGGAGCUAAAUUUCAAAUCCUUGAUGCUAGUGAAGUAACUGCAUCUCAAUCCCUUUUGGAGAAGCCUUCUUCAGAGGCAAAAGAUUGUACAGUGCCGCCUGAUGGCCUGGGAACUGUUCCUCAAAGUCAAAAUCCAAAUUGCGUAGGUUGUGCAAUGCCCCGUUCUAGAAAACGUUCAAAAAUGGUGAAAGCUGCUGGACCGCCACCGAGUAUGGAACAUUUUGAAACAGUAAAUGGAGUGAUCUCUCAGGAGGCACAACUUGGUAUGGUAAAAAAAGCUGCUGACCCACCAUCGGUUAUGGAACAUUUCGAAGCAGUAAAUGGAGUGAUCUCUCAGGAGGCUCAACUUGGCAGGGUGGCUCCUACCAGAUCAGCAUUAGAAAGUCAGACAACUUCUAGCCAUCUUAGCAAGCAUCAAAUAUCUGGACAAGUUGAUGGUCUUUGCACAACUAACAAAGCAACAAUAUCAGAUGUUCCAGUUCCCCUUGCGACCAAAAUAUAUUAUUCUUAUGGAAAUCAUCGCUUGAGAACCACACUUGGCCAUCUUUACCAUGAUACAUCAACUAUGGAGCAUAAUGGGCAAAUUCCCAAUGACAGCGAUUCUGCCAAACGUAACUCAGAUCUUAGCCACAGUAUCGAACAACUCCCCUCAGAAUCACACUUUUGAUGGCAAGCAGGAGAAGGUAAAUCCUUUGCUUACAAACCAGGAAAUUCAACAUUAUACUUCAUUGGUGGAUAAAGUUGAUCAGAGUCUUGCUCAAAUUUAGAAUUUUCCUCAUGGAAAGCAGUUGGAUUUCCACCAACCGUGAACCCUUCAACUCUGUUUCCUGUGAAUAACAUCCUUGGAUCUCGCAUUUCAACAGGAAAGAUGACAGAGAACGCGAAGUCUGCCAAAUUCUUAAUUCUUUGCUGACAACUCUGGUAACUAACUUCUGAUAGCCCACCCCAGAUUUCGCUAAUGUUUACAACAUUAGUACUCAUUUUUACAUUUGAAACAAGAAAGAAAAAACCUAGUUGCAGCGGUAAUAUAGUCGAAGAUGACAAUAGCUAGCAGCAUAUCUCAGGACCGCAACAGAAAGAUGUUAGUAGUGACUAGACGGAUGAGAGAGCUACGAUGGAUACUGCUUAACCACAUGAUUUAGAAGUUAGUCUAUUUGACCAUAUUUCGUUCCUUGUCUUGCCUUAUUAACAAGGCAUUUUUUAAGCUGUUAAGUUGAACUUACUGAUUCUUGUAACAUGUACAGCUCUUUGUAUAUUCAGCUCCCAGGUCGGUGGCUCAUCAAAUUUCAAUAUAAAUUUGGUUUACUCCCAACA